AUGCCCGACCCCAUCCGCGCCGCCUGCCCGACUGCCCCCGGCCCCGGUGCCGGCCCGCCGCGUCAUGGCCAUCACCCGGCACCUGGCAGCGAGCCGUCCGCCACGCUGACCAUGCCCCACCGUGGCCGCGCCGGGGCAAUGGCCAGCCCGGCGCUCGAGCGGGGCCCGCCUCUCGGUCGGCCGUGCCGGGCAGGGCCCACGAAGGCCAGGGGGGGUGCGCGCCUGCAGCCGAAGCGCCGGGCCCCACGCCUGGCCCAUACCGCCGCCGGCCUGGCCGCACAAGUGGCCCCAUAG